AUGGGUCGCGUCCGAACUAAAACGGUGAAGAAAUCCUCUCGUCAGGUCAUCGAGCGCUACUACUCCAAAAUGACGCUCGAUUUCCACACCAACAAGAAAAUCCUGGAGGAAGUCGCAAUCAUCCCUUCCAAGCGCCUCCGCAACAAGAUCGCCGGAUUCUCCACCCACCUCAUGAAGCGGAUCCAGAAGGGCCCCGUCCGCGGGAUCUCACUCAAGCUCCAGGAGGAAGAGCGCGAGCGCCGCAUGGACUUCGUCCCCGAGCAGUCCGCCAUCAACGUCGAGGCUAUUAAGAUCGAUAAGGAGACCAGAGAUAUGAUUGACGCUCUAGGGAUGGGCGAUAUGCAGGGCCUUGAAACCAUCGAUCCUGUCGCGGCUUCCACUGCCGGGUUCGGGUUUGGAAGAGGCGGCGGCGGCGGCCGUGGGAGGUACUGA